AUGGAUACAAUGAUGUCCAUGGCAGCGCCGCCAGUGCUGCAAGGUAGCAGCGGCUACUACACCUGGCAAAGGCAGCUGCGAAUCUAUGUCAAUGGGGUCAACCCAAUGAUGUGGGAGGAGAUCACAGGAACAGCAUAUUUCCAUGAGAAUCAGUUAAAGUUGCACUGGAAUGACAAACAUGCAGGAGAGCCGAACCACCAACAGGCCGAGGAUCAUGCAUGCAUAGUAAAUUUGGUGGCAACCAAUCAGGACAUGUUUAGAGAGAGGAAUGCCAAGACUAAGGAGGAAAAUGCCAAGGCUCAUCACAACACACCUAGUUCACAGGGUGUGAAUAGCAAGUCUCAUGAACAAAGCAAAGUACGAAAGGAGCUAGAACGUGGCCCAGACGAAGAGGUGUAUCACAUAACUUCAACUGAAUCCUAUGAUCAAGAUACUACCGAUUCUGGUGGGAUUUGUAGUAACCUCCCGCUUGUGCCGUUUUGGGCGAGAUCUGUCAUAGAACCACUUCUACUACAGAUCUCGAUGAACUCUGCUGUAACCCUUAUUUUGCCCAUUCCUGUGAUUCCUGUGCUCCUCUUCAUAUGA